AUGGCCACCUCUCCCGACAGCCUCCUGGCCAUGACGCCACCAGGAUACACCUUUCCAGACUCUCGUUUGCGACGCGAACUCGACAAUCCCGAACGCGACCCUCUCAUUCUCGUUGCCUGCGGCUCAUUCAGCCCCGUGCACUAUGUGCACUUGCAAAUGUUCGCCAUGGCGGCCGACUACGCCCGCACCGAGACCAACUACGAGGUCAUCGGUGCCUAUCUUAGCCCUGUAUCCGAUGCGUACAAGAAGAAGGGCCUUGCGAGGGCACACGAUCGUCCUAGUGUCGAGAUGUGCCAACUAGCCGUCAAGGCCGCCCGACAACCCCUCAUGGUCGAUUCCUGGGAGGCGCAGCAGGCCUCGUACGUGCCCACGGCUAUCGUCCUCGAUCACUUUAAUUACGAGAUCAAUGAGUUACGCGGCGGCUGCGGAGGGAAGAAGGUUCGCAUUGCCCUUCUCGCUGGGGCUGAUCUUGUCGAGACCAUGGGUCAACCCAACAUUUGGUCAGCCCGCGAUUUGCAGCAUAUUCUCGGCGACUUUGGCGCCUUCGUCGUCGAGCGCGCUAGCAGCAACUUCGACCAGGCCCUUUCAAAUCUCCAGGAGUACAAGGACAACAUUCAUUACAUCCCCGCCAUCAUUUCAAACCCCAUGUCUAGCACCAUGUUGCGCCUCCUGCUCAAGGGAAAUAUGAGCAUCGAAUAUCACGUGCCCCGCGAGGUCAUGGACUACAUCGAAGCCAACGGCCUAUACAAGGACGAAUUCGUGUCGGCUGGCAAGGGAAAGGCAGUCACCGGCACAUCAUGA